UCUCUCGCGCUCUUCUCUCCUUAAAUCCACUGACUUUGAGAUUGGACUCGGCCAUUUCCACUCCACCUACCGAACCCCAGCAGUACCGAGCAGCGGGAGGACAGGCAGCUGACAGAACCUGAAGAUGACCGACCAGGCUAUUUCAUUCGCUAAGGACUUCCUGGCAGGAGGUACCGCUGCUGCCAUCUCCAAAACAGCUGUAGCUCCCAUCGAGAGAGUCAAGCUCCUGCUGCAGGUCCAACAUGCCAGCAAACAGAUUUCUGUUGACAUGCAGUACAAGGGCAUCGUGGACUGUGUCGUCCGUAUCCCCAAAGAGCAGGGCUUCCUCUCGUUCUGGAGGGGGAAUCUGGCCAACGUCAUCCGAUACUUCCCCACUCAGGCCCUCAACUUUGCUUUCAAGGACAAGUACAAGAAGAUCUUCCUGGAUGGUGUGGACAAGCGAACACAGUUCUGGAGAUACUUCGCAGGUAACCUGGCGUCCGGUGGUGCUGCCGGAGCCACCUCUCUGUGUUUCGUUUACCCCCUCGACUUCGCCCGAACACGUUUGGCAGCUGACGUAGGCAAAGCUGGCUCUGGGCGUGAGUUCAAAGGUCUCGGUGACUGCUUGGUGAGGAUCACCAAGUCUGAUGGCAUCAGGGGUCUGUACCAGGGCUUCAGCGUUUCAGUACAGGGCAUCAUCAUUUACAGAGCAGCUUACUUUGGCGUCUACGACACGGCUAAAGGCAUGCUUCCUGAUCCUCAGAACACGCAUAUUGUUGUCAGCUGGAUGAUCGCUCAGUCUGUGACUGCUGUGGCUGGUCUUGUCUCUUACCCCUUUGACACCGUCCGUCGUCGUAUGAUGAUGCAGUCUGGACGCAAAGGAGCUGACAUUAUGUACAGCGGAACCCUUGACUGCUGGAGGAAGAUUGCCCGUGACGAGGGCGGAAAGGCCUUCUUCAAGGGGGCCUUGUCUAAUGUGCUGAGGGGCAUGGGCGGUGCCUUUGUGCUCGUCUUAUACGAUGAGCUCAAGAAAGUUAUCUAAGCAUUUCUUUUAUUUUUCUAUGUUCACUGUUCAUGUUGUGAUGUUUUACUGUAACAUAUGUACAUUUGGAAGGACUUGGAAGGACAGUGUUAUAUUUAUAGGGACCAACUAGUAUUUUUUUUACUAGUUGUACCAGGGGAAUCAGUUCGGCACUCUUCUUGGCCCGUGCUUGUUCUUUUGUUUUGCGCCUCUUCUGAAUGUCAUUCCCUGAACACAGGAACCUGGAAAUGGAAAUAAUUCAAAAAAGUUCAAAUAAAGACAACCUACUGAGUGA